AUGGAGGAACUGCUGAUACCGGCGGACGCGGAGGAGGCGCGCGACCCGGGAAGGCCCGGCACGGCGGACAGCGUGAAGGAGGCGCUGCGGAGCGCGUGCGGCGUGAGCGUUAGGGCGUACCUGAAGCAGUACGUGAAGCGCAACGGGCUGCUGACGCUCUCGGUGCUGGGAGUGGGCACCGGCUGCGUGCUGGGCUACAUGCUCCGCGGACUGGAGAUGUCCACACAGGCAAAAAUGUAUUUUUCUUUUCCUGGAGAACUCCUGAUGAGAAUGCUUAAAAUGCUCAUCCUGCCACUAAUCACCUCAAGUUUAAUGUCAGGUCUCUCAUCGAUGGAAUCUAAGGCCUGCUGUCGUAUGGGGGUUCUGACUGUGACCUACUACCUGUGGACCACCUUCAUAGCUGUCGUCGUAGGUAUUGUACUGGUGCUAAUCAUCAAGCCGGGCUAUGGGACUGAGAUGGAGGGUAACAGGCUUGGAGGGGGUCCAGUAAUGACCUCUGCAGAUGCACUUCUGGACCUUGUCAGGAAUAUGAUUCCUUCAAAUCUCAUCGAGGCCACAUUUCAACAGUACAAGACAGACCUCAUUCCUAUUGUCAAAACACAAGUCACCACCAAGCAGCCCAGUUUCGUCUACCUUAUGCCAGAUGAGGAGAACCCUAAAGGCCGCACAGUGUUGCUGGAGCUCACGCCACCUCCUGACAUUCACUACAAGACAAUCCCUGGCAGUAGCCAGCAGAUGAAUGUGCUGGGCAUCGUCAUCUUCUCAGCCACUAUGGGCCUCCUGCUUGGCAGAAUGGGUGAGCGAGGAGCACCAUUAGUCAAUGUCUGCCAGUGCAUCAACGAGUGUGUCAUGAAGAUCAUCAAUGCAGCAGUAUGGUAUUUUCCAUUUGGGAUCAUCUUCCUGGUGGCUGGGAAGAUCCUUGACAUGGACGAUCCAUCCACUUUGGGCAGGAAGCUGGGCUGGUACACAGUAACAGUUCUGGGUGGGCUGUUUAUCCAUGGCCUCAUUCUGCUUCCAUUCUUCUAUUUCCUCUUGACGCGGAAGAACCCAUUUACUUACAUUAGAGGUCUGCUGCAGGCUAUGGUCAUCGCCUUGGCCACAUCAUCAAGUUCUGCCACACUGCCCAUCACUAUGAAGUGCUUGCUGGAGAACUGUCAUGUGGACAGGCAGAUAGCACGGUUCGUCUUGCCUGUGGGUGCCACCAUCAACAUGGACGGCACAGCCCUCUAUGAAGCGGUGGCCGCCAUCUUCAUCGCUCAGGUCAAUGAGUAUGAGCUGGAUUUUGGACAGCUGGUCACAAUAAGCAUAACGGCAACGGCCGCUAGCAUUGGUGCUGCAGGGAUCCCUCAGGCAGGCCUUGUAACCAUGGUAAUAGUGCUGACGUCUGUGGGCUUGCCACCAGAUGACAUCACGCUAAUUGUGGCCAUCGACUGGAUUCUGGAUCGAUUCCGAACAAUGAUUAAUGUACUAGGAGAUGCCCUGGCAGCUGGAAUCAUCGCUCAUUUGUGUCGGAAAGACUUUCCUUGUGACACAGGGGGGAAACCCAGCGGGCCGUCGCGGAAUACACAAGGCGCCCAAAACAUGGAGAACGUGCCUUUGACAGAGGUGCCACUAAUAUCUGGAAAAGACUGCAUAUUUGAGGUGGUUGGAGAUACAGUUAUUGAGCGACCCACAGUCUACUACAACAUCUGUCAAGUCUGACCUCACCAACAGAAGCCUUACAACAAUCACCACCCUUACUCUUCUGGAGAUGAGUCUCUACGUUUGUGCCAUGAUACAAUACAGAGUUUAAUGCAUUUCUACACUGUUUUCUCUUGUGAUAGACUGCUGGCAGUUAUUUGGUAUUGCAGAGCAAUUCACUUCGACUGCAAGAGACUUUUGACUUCAGAGUCACUUUUGGACAAGUGACGAAGAACAAGGGACCCAGCUGCAUGCUGGCAUGUAUGUUCAUCUUUAAAGGUGCAGUGUUUAAGUUUUAGGGGGAGCGACUAGCAGAAAUGGAAUAUCAUAUACAAAACCAUUCAUGCAUAAUCAUCUGUAACUACGAAUCAUUGUGUUUUCGGUAGCUUACAACAAGCCCUUCAUGGCUACGUGGGUAGCAGGUCCUCCAACAGAGGCCGCCAUGUUGCACCGCUAUGUUUCUAAAGUAGCUCAGAACAGACAAACCAAACACAGGCUUUAGAGAGUGCCUUUUGUGUUUUUACGUUGAAGCUGCAGCUCAAAUUUGGUGGCGCUAUAGCACUGGUUGAAAGAGGUAGAAAGAACAAUCAGUGGUUGCUGCCAGUGCUGGCUAACCAUUUUUACAAGAGGAUGAUCAAAGAAGCAAAACAUGAAGAAGCAAACAAAAUCGGAACAGGCGACGGCAGAAAAUCGGACAACCAUCGUAGGUUCUACUACACGCUUGGAAAGGGAGGGGUGAGGGAAGAGUAUUCAGUUGGUUGCAAACGAAUUCUUACACACUGCAUCUUUAAAACACUGCUGUUCAUGUCAUCAAGCAGAAGACUAUAAAUGCAUUGCCUUAAAACGUGACUAACAAAGUAAGGUAACAGUUGGCGACUAACUCAAAAUUACUCAUUGUAAGGCAAACUAUUUACUAUUUCACUGAAGCAUGCUGUCAAAAUGAGGCAGUUCUUGAGAUGUUUUUUAUACAUUUGGUUUACUGUUUUAUUAAUGUGU